AUGAUCGGGGAAAAUGAACGAAUACCUGGAGAUCGAUCUGCUUGGUCUCAGUUGUCUAACUCGGAAAGAGUGCUCUGGUUGAUUAAAGCUCCUUUACGUACGAUGCUAUGUUUUUUCAAUGUCACUGCAUUUAUUCUUGCUUAUUUCGGCUUUAUGAUUCCAAUGCUUCUUGGAAAGCCUCGAUUUUACUGGUUUUACGAGGGGAAGUUAUACCGUUGGUUGCAGGCUUUUGUGGCUUAUUGGUGUUAUACGGCAGGCUAUGACGUGAUUGAAUAUGGCGAUGACCUGAGUGGAUACAUAAAUGAGAGAGUCCUUCUAAUAUGCAAUCAUCAAAGCACAGCAGAUGUCCCCACUUUGAUGGUGGUUUUGCAGAGUAAAGGCGUUGCUAGUAGGAAGACUUUGUGGCUAAUGGAUGUGAUGUUUCGAUGGACUCCAUUUGGAGUGAUCGCUCAGAUGCACGGUGAUUAUUUCAUUAGACAGGGUAAAGCGACUCGCGAGAAAGAGCUGUUUAGAUUAAAGGAGCAUUUGCGCAAAGUGUUCUGGGACCGAGACAGGAGAUGGAUUAUUUUAUUUCCUGAAGGAGGGUUCUAUUACAAACGUAUUGAGGACAGUCAGAAGUACGGGUUGAAGCAUGGUUAUCCGUUCUUGGAAUAUACUACCCUUCCUAGAUUUGGAGCAAUCAAAGCGAUAUUAGAAGAAGUGGGACCCCGAGAGGAAAGUGAUGAGGAGAAAAUUAUGAAAACUCACAGUAUGAGUAAGUUGCAAUUGCUGAAGGAAACUGUUGGUGCAAUAAGGGAAAAGAAAUAUGUGAAAGAUACGAAACCACCAAUAAAAUAUGUGUUGGAUGUGACAAUUGCAUACCCGUAUGGUUUACCAUUGAGUCUUUUUACCUUAUGCUUGGGAACUAGAGAAAAAUGUAAUAUUGCGGUCAACUACAAAAUUUUCAAUGCUAGCGAGGUUCCAUUUCACGAUGAUGAAAAACUGCGCAGUUGGAUGUAUAAACGUUAUGAAGAAAAAGAUGCGAUGCUGAAAAAUUAUUACAAGAAGGGCUGUUUUGCGGAGGGCGAAAAAGGCAUUGUAGUUUAUUUCUCCUGGUGGAAAAUUAUUGGACAGCACUUGUUUUGGUGUGUAUCUAUAUAUCUUCAAUAUCGAGCUUACAAAUGGCUUCUAUUGCAGCCACUUUAUUUUUUAGGUUUCUUGUAA